GGCGUGGCCAGUGAUGGAGUCUCCCAGCGCUAUGGCGGCGGCAGUGGAUCCCAGUUGGGAGGACGAAGAGGAGGAAGAAGAGGAGAUAGAGGAGCAGUUUGUUCUGGUAGAAUUGUCAGGGAUUAUUGAUUCAGACUUUCUCUCCAAAUGUGAAAAUAAAUGCAAGAUUUUGGGAAUUGACACGGAGAGGCCCAUCCUGCAAGUGGACAGCUACGUGUUCGCUGGGGAGUAUGAAGAUACUCUUGGGACCUGUGUUAUAUUUGAAGAAGGUGUUGAACGUGUGGAUCCAGAGGGGAAUGAUAAAACGGUGCUCAAGUACAAAUGCCACACGAUGAAGAAACUCAGCAUGACGAGGACUCUUCUGACAGAAAAGAAGGAAGGAGAAGAAAACAUAGACGGCGUAGAGUGGCUGCAGAUGAAGGACAAUGAUCUCUCCUACAGACCCAACAUGAUCUGUAGCUUUCUCCAUGAACACGAGGAUGAGGCUGGAGGGCCGGCCUCUGACAAACCUGUGGAGCUGGAAGACCAAGAGAGUCAGGAGAACGACAGUGCAGAGCAGACACACGAGCUGGAGAAGGCGCAGCACUCAGAAGCAGGGGACCCUGGUCCUCCAGGGGAUACCCCUUCUGAGAUGGAAAGUUCCGUUUUCAUGGGAACUCAAGAUGGAAAUGUUUCUCAAAACGAUCGGUCGUGAACUUUAAAGGAGUAGUCUUGUAUGCA